CACGCGUUUUUUGUAAACAAUCAAAGUAAACAAUAACCCCAUCGGUAUUCUUCGUAUUCCAACUCAGUAAAUAAUUAUAUAUCACCAUGUCUAAGAGGGUUAUAAGACAUACUCCACUAUUAACAAAGUUAACUAGUGUGCCAUUUGAUUUAUAUCUUUAUUUAAAUGAAUUACAUUCAUCAAUUGAAUGGGAUGAUUUUUCCGUCUCGGUGGCCUUACCAUUAGGUAUAGGAUUAACUAUAAUAACUAUAAUUUGUCAAGGAUUAAAUAAUUAUUAUAAUUCUAUUAAUGUGAAAUCUAAUAAUGCAUUAUUUGAUACUGAUUAUUAUAAUUAUGAAAGAAUUAAACGUUCAUUAUCAUAUAAUGAACAACUUCAACAACAAUCUAGUCAUGGACAAAUAGUUCCAUCAAUCUUAUGGUUAUUAAAUGGUAUUUCUUCAUUAAUAGUUAUUUUUGGAUUAUUUAAUACAUAUCAAAUCAUUACCUCCUAUAAGAAUUAUAAGUUAUUAAAUGCUUCAAGUAAACCUUCAAGUCCUUCAGCAUUUAAAGGUUCAUUAAAUCAUUCAAAUCUGAUUAUUGUUAAAUCAAUAAAUUAUUUAUUACUGGCUAUAUUUGGUAAACCUGAAAUUGAUGAAGAUGAAGAUGAAUCACAAUUAAUAGAUGAUACUAUUGAUAUUGAAGAUGAAGAAGUAUGGCAAUUAAAUAUUUGGGAUCCAUCUAAAUUUCAAUUACAUUUAUUAAUUGGUUUAAAUCCAGUUAAUUUAUUUAUAAUUCAUUUUAUUAAUAAUCAAAGUAAUUUAUUAAAUUAUGUGGGUACACUUGGAUUGGUUUCAAUUACAAUUUCAAUUAUGAUUAAUAAAUUUACAUUAUUAGUUAAAGAUAAACAAAUUCUUUAUGAAGCCAUGUUUAAAGAGUAUAAUACGAAAUUUGUAAAUCCUAAAGUUAAUAAAGUUAAAAAGGAUGUAGUUAUUGAUGCUUGUAGAGGUCCUUAUUAUGGAGAUGAUGUAUUAACUAAAUAUGCUGAUACAAAACUGAGAAUAUUUAUAACUCAUGAUAUAAAUGGUAAUGAAAUAGACAAUAAAUCUGAUACUUCUAUUGAAGAAUUACCUACUUCACAUUAUGGAGAUCCUCAAUAUUCUAGAGUUCUGUCUAGAGUUCUGUCUCGUAGACAUCUGCUUUAUGAAGAUGCUGAUUCUAAUGAUACAGUUAGAUGGUAUAAUAAUUCUUCAACUCCUUAUCAACCAGGUCAUAGUAGAGUUAUUCAAACUCCUACUUACAAUAGAUCAUCUAGUGUUAUUAGAUCUUCACUCAAUACUCAUAAUAAAGAAAAUAGAGUUCCUCCUCCUCCUCCUAAUUUAUCGUAUAUAAGAUCUCCUACAAAGUUAUCACCUACAAAGGAACCCUUAAGCUAUAGAUCUUUUUCGAGAUCACCUUCUCGAUCUCCUACUAGAGAUCCAAUAUCAUUUAGAUCUCCUUCAAGAUCUCCUACCAGAAUAAGAUCUCCUUCACCUACUAAAGGUAGAAAUCCAAAUUUAUCUUAUACAUCUUCACCUAUUAGAGGUGGAACUACUUAUGUAAAGAAUGUGCCACCUCAAUCGCCAACACAUCAUCCUGGAUGGCGAUAAAUAACUCGAGAAUUAAUAAUUAAUAAUUAACAAUAAUCUAAUAUCAAAAUAUA